AUGCAUGUUAAAGGCCGGGGAACAAAGCCGAAGGCUCCUUGGUGGACGGAGGAAUUGGAGACCAUCAAGCGGGAAGUGGUGGAUUUGCACCACCAGCUUCAUGCUGCUAAACGCCAAGGUUUGCCUUUGGACCAGAUUUUGGAGGCACGCAAAUCUAUAAAGGAACUUUACGCUAGCAAAAUGCGUGAUGAGUCGACCAGGCAUUUUCGUGAGUUCUGCGAGUUGCAAACUAAGGAAAAUGUCUGGUCACUCACAAAUAGGCUACUCAAAACUGCCACCCCUAGGCGCCCACCAGUUACCCUCAACAGAGACGGUACUUACACCACCGAUAGCCAGGAGACUGCUAAGGCACUUUUGGACCAUUUUUACCCGGGUGACUCACCCGACACCUUACCACGACAUCACGAAUUAAGAUCUGACAUGACCAACUCUCCUCAGUCCCAUUACGACCCUCCCUUCACUCAGGAGGAGGUGUUGGAGUGUUUAAGACAAAUGAAUCCCAAAAAGGCUCCCGGACUCGACAACUUAACAUCAGACAUAUGUUUACAGUUUGCGACAGACUAUCCUAGACUCUUGACUGACAUUCUUAACCGCUGUCUUGCACUCCAACACUUCCCUAACCAGUGGAAAACCGCUUUUGUCAAAAUUAUCCCGAAGCCGGGUAAGUCUGACUACAGCGCAUUAGAGUCAUUUCGUCCUAUUGGCCUGAUACCUGUGUUCGGCAAGCUGCUGGAAAAACUGUUCAUUAGAAGAGUCACAUACCAUGCACAACGAAAUAAUCUGUUAAACAAAUUUCAGUUCGGUUUCCGGGAACAGACCAACACGUGCGAAGCUAUAAACACUGCGCUCGAUAUAAUAAGACAAGCGAAAAGUAAUAAGCAACUAAGUAUCGCUAUAUCUCUAGAUAUAAAAGCAGCCUUUGACAACGCUUGGUGGCCGGCACUUUUCCACCGAUUGCGGCAUAUCCAAUGUCCUAAUAACAUCUUUGGACUCAUUCAGGAUUAUGUCCGCGAUCGGGAGGUCAUUCUCGACUUUGCAGGGGGGCGGGUCACCAAGACGAUGUCUAAGGGCUGCAUCCAAGGCUCCACGUGCGGCCCUGUUCUCUGGAACAUAAUAUUAGACGAAUUACUCGACACCAAGCUUCCAGCGGGUUGCCACAUACAGGCCUUUGCGGACGACGUCCUGCUGGUUGUUACGGCCGCGAGUGCGGGCAAACUGGAAAGCGCUGCCAACUUGGCUCUCCAUCACAUAGUCGAGUGGGGAAGAAGCGUCAAGUUGGCAUUCGGCCCUACCAAGACUAAGCUCAUUGCCUUCACUCCUAAGGCUAAGACAGCCAGCAUUAACAUCGACGGACACCGACUUUGUUUUGUUCCAGAGGUGAAACUUUUAGGAGUAAUCCUCGAUGAGAAAUUGAAUUUCGGUAAACAUGUGAAACACGUAGUUAACAGGGCCGUGCGGAUCUUCAACACGCUCUGCAUGUACUCGAGACCCACUUGGGGAGCCCAUCCUGAAAACAUCAGCACCAUCUACCAGCAGGUCAUCGUGCCAACGAUCACCUACGCUGCGGGAAUUUGGGGUCACGUCGCCCAGAAAAGGUGCAUCAGGAGGGCACUCGAGAGCAUGCAGCGCGGGUUUGCCAUCAAGGCUAUUAGGGGAUUCCGCGCCAACCGGGCAUCUGUAGCACAGUACAGUGCUUCACACCCUGAAGUAAAUCGGGCAGCUGUAGCAAGCUACAGUGCUUCACAGCCGGAAGUCAAUCAGGCUGCUGUAUCUCGCUACCGUGUUUUACAUCCGGAAGUCAAUCAGGCCGCAGUAUCUCGCUACCGUUACCGCUACCUUAUGUUCACAAAAAGCAAGUAG